ACCGCUGUUGCUGCUGAAUUUCUCGCGACGAUCUCCAACUUGUCGCGCGGGUGAUAAAAAAGCCACCGGAAUAUCGCGAAUGUAUGAUAAUGGCGGUGAUUUCCCAUUGUUGACACUCGAGAAUGACGUAAUUCGAGCAAUUCGGUGCGCGUGCUUCUGCUAUUAUUGUUUCGCAGUCGCGACCCCAAGGCUGCCAUCAGCCAACAACGGGCAAGAGUCUUCCCCGAGUGUGCAAAAUCUUGAGCUCCCCGAAACAUCGGGUUCGCGUAGUUCAUGGACGUGAUCUUUGUGCAAGGAUAAAUCCUUCACUCGCUGAGGUUGUUACCGAUUUGCCCCACUUGUGUUAAAUCGAUAUUUGCUCCUUCGCGUGCCGCGGAUGCCUUCAUUGUAUAAACAAAGAAGCUUUUGCGUUUUGGUUUGGUGUGAUUUUUCCAGUGUAAUAAAGGGAUAUUUAAGGUUUUUUCCUCGCUGUAUCAUCUAAAGCUGAUUAAAUACUCCAGUAGUCUUCAAAAAUUUGAAAAGUUUUGUUUUGUUUCUGGUGUUUUGGAAUAGAAUGUCGUGCAGUGAAUGACCCAGACGAAGUUGUUGUCGACGUUCUUCAUAGGCUCUACAUUCGAUUUGUCCUGUUGAAACGUACGAAGCGCGAAACCGUCUAAUAUGCCGGUGAUAUCAGCGUACUCAACAAGCGGAAGUAGUUACAUCUCUCCAUCGGUCUAUCGCUACAAAUCUAGUCUGACCGACCGGAGAAAUUACACUACCAGCAGCAGCAGCAGUAUCAGCAGUAGCAUCUACCGUAGGGGAUCCUACCACUAUGAUCUACCGUCUUAUUCGUCCGCUUACCCAUCGUACCGCAGUACCGAUCGUACGACUGACACAGAGCUAUCGUCCUCACUGUCAACGCUAGCCACAUCGACGGCAAAAGAUACCAUAAAAGAGUGUAGUUCAAGUGCCCAAGCGACAGCAACAACAGUUAACCAAAAAGACAGCAGCAGCAGCAGCAGACCUAGUCGUUUCUCGACAGCCUAUAGUAGUUAUAGUUCGUUAAGUUCCGCGCCAAUUCGCACCGAUUACAGUUCGCGAAGCAGUGCCCGGUCGUCCGACAGGCGCUACACUAAGGACCGAGACAAUAAUUGUGUGUGUGCAGGUGGCGCAACAGCCUCAUCCAGCUACGUCUCCAAUCUACGCAGUACAGCACUCAGCGGUGCUGAUACCUACCAAAAGUACGGUGUUUCGACCUACAAACCGAGUAGCAUUCUCGCCGCGUGCACAUUGAAGGCUUCGUCCACCUCUUCCCCGGUGGACACCAGCAAGGUAAACAACAAACCCCAAGCUAGAGAUAAGAACAGCAACUUUGUCGCCAGCAUCGUCGCAAGCAUUAACAAUAACCCUACUAACACAAAUAGUACCACCACAACAGGUGUUAUUAACUCACUACUAGAGAUUAACUGCAGACCCACACCGGCAGCUAACAAUACCGCUGGCGUCAAACCGGCUGGCCAAACAUGCUUUCUAAGUGCCGCUUCCGAGAGCUCUGCUAGGGGCAGCAGCGUUAACGCUACCACAAUUACUACCACCACCACCACUACUACUACAAUUACUACCACUACCUCCUCCACAUCUUCUGUGUUACUGUCAUCAUCGUCAUCAUCUUCGGCGCUGUACGACACGCCCACCACGGCAAAACCUGUCCGCAAACCCCAAGGUACUGUUGUCCCGUCGUUCAAAACAUCCCGAGCGGAUCCGGGCUACUCCGGGCUAGGCAAAUCACCACAAAGUUCGACCCCGGGUAGGCCUCCGGUACCGAAGAGUGCACUCCCCAGAGAACCCCGAAGAGAACUGCUCGGCCUUUCAGGCUACCGGAAUCAAAACUUCCUCAAAAACGAAUGCGAUCUGGUGAAGCGUGAGCUCAGCAAAAGUGCCUCCGAUAUAGCGUUCAAACGAAGCACCACCCAGUCGGCGUCGGUCGUCCGUCCGACGCUCACGAUUGGCUCGACCAACAGUCUACUGCUGGACUCGAAUGCUGAUGAACCAACAAACCACGGACGGCACCCGAGUUACCUGACAAAGCUGGAAAUGACCAAGGUGAAACCAUUCCUACCACCGGUACCAAGCUAUAUCAGCACCGAUCAGCCCAAAGAUCAUGAGGAUGAUGACACGAAACAUCAGCAAAACAACCACCACCACAACCAUUACCAUCAUCAUCACAAGUCAAGCGCAGAGCAGCCGUCCUUCACCACUACCACAAACACCACCACAGCAGGCGUUGAACUAAAACCACUCGAUAGACCAUGUGUUUCUACAUCCUCUCCAGCAACCGUUGUUGCCAUUGCCGAUUGUACUCAAAAGAAUGCUACUACUUCUCUUUUCAAAUCACCAUCUUCACCAUCUUCGACUACGACAACAUCAUCCACAACUACAACAACAACAACAACUACAACUACAGAGUCGCUAACAACAACUGCAUCCUCCUCCUCCUCUUCGUGUCCAUCUUCAACCACCACCAGUACUUAUUAUAGUAAUUCUCGUUCCGCCGACGCAAUGAAAUCGCUGCACAUCACUUCCGAACUGGAGGAAUCCAUCACGCAGGCCACCAUCAAGCUGCGCCCUUCGCUAAAUGGAACGUCCGCCGGCACCGACGGCCCCAGGUUGGUGGCCACCGUUUCUACCACGGAUGACCUGAGCGAUGGGGAGUGCCACGUGACGGCAACGAUUCGAAUCAAACCCAAGUCUAGCAUCAUAACUCACACCCACACAAGCAGCAGCACAAGUAGCAGUAGCGGCCACAGCAGCACCAAUGGUAGCCCAACCAACGCCAAUAACAAUAGCGUGAAUGGCAACAACUCAAACAACAACAACAAUAAUUUGGAUGAUGGCGAGAGUGGCAAUAGCAGCAGCAGCAGCAGCGAUGAUGAACGUGAUGUUCCCAAUGGACCCAGCGUAAAUGGCAUCGUGAACAACAACAAUGAAACGAAUGGCAGUAGCAGCAUCAAUAACGGCAUAGAUACAACGGCGAACAUCGGUGCCAAUUCGGUAGACAAAGAACCCAACAAAGCAAUCGAUGAUGAAAGAGUUUCUUACCUCCGUGCCGGUACCGCGUCCAAGAGUAUCCAUUCGACCAGUCACCUCGGAGGCUAUCGGAGUCGGGACUAUGAACAACCGGGCUUCGGUAGUUCCCUUGGUAGCAGCUAUCAGCCUCGACUUGGAUCCACUUCGACGCUAGCGAAAUCCAGCUACAAUCGAAGCGGCAAUAAUGAUGAACCGUCGAGUGAUUCUGUUCGGAGCAGCCGGAAGGAAGGUCUCUGCGGUCUGUGGAACAUUGGCAACACCUGCUUCAUGAACUCUGUGAUACAGUGCCUGAGUCACACCCGGGAGCUGACCAGUUUCCUCCGCAAUCAGUCCUCGACCGAGCGGGGAACCAGCAAGGAGCACAAAAUUCUUACCGAGUACACCAAGCUGAUCAAGGACAUGUGGAGCGGAACCCAGCGAAGCGUCAACCCUUCGGAGCUGAAAUACGCCUUCUCGAACAAACAUCGGAUGUACUCUGGAUCGGCCCAGCAGGACGCGCAGGAAUUCCUGCGAUUUUUCAUUGAUUCGUUGCACAUCGCUCUCAACGUGUCGGUCAAGCGAGAGCCCAUCUCGAGGGCCCUCGAGGAUGACGAUCUGAACAAUCGCAUCAAGGCCACCAUGAUGUGGGAGUGGUACUCGACAUCGGAGAAUUCCGUGAUCAAAGAUCUGUUCGUUGGGCUGCUGCGCAGCACACUCAAGUGUACGUUUUGCAACGGGGAAAGUGUGACGUUCGAUCCGUUCUGGGAUCUGAGUUUACCCCUGCCGUCGACCAACUCUCGUUGCAAGCUGGAGAACUGCUUGGAUAUGUUUGUCAAAGAGGAAGUGAUGGACGGAAUCGAUCAGCCGACCUGUUCGCGGUGCAAAACUCGCAGAAAAUGCACCAAAAGCCUUACCAUUGAACGAUUCCCCAAGUAUCUAGUGAUACAUCUCAAACGCUUCUCGGAGACCCGAUGGAGCAAGCUAACGAACGUCAUCGAGUUCCCCACGGGCGAACGUCAACUCAAUCUGCAGCCUUAUGCCUCCGAAGACAAUACCGGACCGGUGUACUACUCACUGUACGGGAUCUCUAACCACAUGGGAUCCACUGCCGGCGGCCACUACAUUGCUGCCUGCAAGCAUCCAGUCAGCAAGGAAUGGAACGAAUUCAACGAUAAUAUUGUCAGCGAGACGUCCGAAAGAAGUUUGGUAACAUCCAGUGCCUACGUAUUAUUCUACGAGCGAGCGUGAAAACUCUGAAUCUACGAUAGAAGAACGCGCGUGUGCAGAUAUACAGACAAAAAAAAUUUUUGAGAUUGUAUGAAACUACUUUCUCGGACAAAAAUGAAGACAUAACAGUCAUACGCAAAGCAUACAACACGUUCAAUUGACAAUUAACAUAAUAUAUGAUAUAUUAACAUACGAAGAAGCAAAGUGUAUUACAUUUGAUUAGCAGAUAGGAGACAGCUCUAAGGCGGAUCCGUCGCCUGGAGAGGGAAAAAAACUAACAUAACUAUGUGAGAAUUGUUAAUUACCAUCCGAGCGGCAGUAAGGAAUUUUAGCAGCGAGACGAAAUGUGAAAACAAUUUUAAUGAGAUGACUAAAUGAAGUAUAUCACAGUUAGGGAGUGACAUUGCAAGAAGAAGCCACAGAUAAGUAACAAAACCAACUAGAUCUAUAAUAUUUAUUUUCCUAUUUAUUGAGAACAGAAAAAACAGAACAUUAAUAUUUAUCGUAAUAUGACGAGAUGAGGCCUGACAAAGCCACAGCUUUUGUUGUUGACUAUUUUUACACACACCCUCACACACCUCAUAAUACUUUAGUUUUUUUUUUCAUCCAUCCCAGUUUCUCAGAGAGAAAACCAAAAAAAAAACAAACCUGAGCAGAUUGUUGUUAACUUUAUUCUAAUAAACUAUUUCAAUGAAAAAAAAGUUUAGUCAGAAAUGUAACCGAGAUUAAACUUCCUCCCAGAGUUGAGACGAAACGAAGGCAAAAGUAGAAACAAAAUAAAAACCCAGAGCAGAGAAAUAUUAUUUAAAUUUUACGCCGUUGAAUCGAGACACAGAGUCGGGAGGAACUGGGAUUGUGGAAACAAGUGUCCCGAACGUAACCAUUGCGUUGCGUUGUGUUGAUACCAAUAAAGAGCCCGAUAGUGAAAUUUCA